CUGCGCUUGAGCCAUGGCAGCUGUUCGUGAUUUCCUGAUUUCGACUGCGAUUUUCUCUGUCUGUUCUUCUUUCCAGCUGGUCGUCGAGACAAAGUUGGGGGUAUUCGCUAUACCGCGUCACUUUUUGUCAAUUGCAAGUAGCCCAAAGACUCCGUGUCACGAUAGAAAUGAAUUCCAGAAAAUCCUGCACUCUGGUAGAUUUACUUCUCUUGUGCGAGGUUUGUCGCCCGCCUACUGGCGAGUUGGAGGCACUGAAGGACAAGAAGUAUCUUAUUACUCCACACAGAGUGAAUGCAAGUCUGCAGGCAUUGAAAACGGCGAACAUAUGAAAAAGGAUUUUGAGCCUCUUUGUCUGACUCAGAUCGAGUGGGAUGAGCUUAAUGGACUAGUUGUGAAGACAAAUACGACGCUUCUUUUUGAUUUGAGUAAUAUCAAGAGGCAUAAGGAUGGAACCUGGAAUUAUAGCAAUGUGGAGAAACUAUUGAAUUACAGUGCAGCAAAAGGAUAUAAUAUUGCAUGGCAACUGGGAAAUGAACCACACGCAUAUCCAGAUCAUUUUAAUGUCACCGUUGAACCAAAGCAAUCAGUGGACGACUUUAAGACUCUUCGAAAAUUCGUCAGAGCUCGUCAGAUUAUAGUUGGUCUAGAGAGCACUAAUCCAUAUGAAGUUAAGUCAGAUGUGGAAAAUUACGAGUACUUGACACAGUGGAUUAGCAGUGGAGGUUUGCAGUUUGUCAAUGCAUUAUCAUGGCAUCAAUACUUUAUUCGAAAUCCAAAUCCAACUGUUGAGCAGAUGCACAAUGCUAGUAUUUUGGACAGUCUUCUUCUAAGUAUUCAAACAUUGAAGUCUUGCACAAAGGGAUACAAAGUAGAUUACUGGUUGACCGAAACCGGAUCUAUUCUUGGCUCUGAUGCAGUCCACAAUAUAUCUGGCUCGUAUGCUGCAGGCUUUAUGUGGCUGUACAAGCUUGGCUUGGCAGCAAGGAUGGGACAUUCCGUUGUGUGUCAUCAGACUCUCUUUACUGAUUCUCGUGGUCUAAUGGAUCCCACCAAUUUUACUCCCUUUGUAGUAAUACUAAAUAGUUAUUGGGUUUCUUACUUGUUCAAACAUCUUGUUGGUUCUGUUGUUCUCAAUGUCGAUGGUCAGCUUAACAUGAACCAAUCGGUGCGAAGUUUUGCUUUUUGCACUCAACCAAAUGAUACUGCAAUUAAGAGAUCGUACAUGGCAGGUGAUGUCACUUUGAUUUUAAUCAAUAUACAAACAGAGAAACCAGCAACUAUUCAAUUGGUGGAACCACUUUCUCAGUUCAAUGUAGAUGUCUAUCUUUUGACACCAGGAAUAGGAGGAAUUACAUCAAAUUUCACAUUGUUGAAUGGAGAUAAACUAGAAAUGUCUAUGGAUAACCAAUUGCCUAUGAUUACACCAACAACACAAGCGAAUUCUCAGACUAUAAGCCUACCUCCUCUAACUUAUGGAUUUUAUGUCAUUCAAAAUGCAAAGGCUGAGGCUUGUCUAUCUACAAUAUAACAAACAAGAAGAAAAUGCAGGUGUCAGUGUAGUAAUAAGCUGUUAUAUGUACAUUAUUGACACAUGCAUUGUUGUCACAUUAGCCAUGUCAAUAAAUGCCAACCUAGGAUUGGUAUGUCAUUUUAGAUAUUUACAAUGAGUAAUCAGUGGGUACAAUACAUUGUAUGAGUCAAGUCGUUAAAAUUAUUGACAAU